AUGAGGGCCGGGGACAGCAGCAGGAUGGAGAGGCCGCCGGUGCAGCCGGACCACCACCGCCACCACCACCGCCACGAGAGGACGUCGGCGGAGGCGGACGACCACCGCCGCCACAGGAAGACGCCGCGGAUCCGGGACGACAACGAGCAGAGGAGCUCCGGGUGGGUGUGGCUGGCGGUGAUCCUCUGCACGCUGCUGAUGAUCGGCGUGAUCGUGGCUGGCGCCACCGUCUUCGCCGUGUACCUCAUCUACAAGCCCAAGAUGCCCUACAUGGUGGUCACCGACGCGCGUCUCGGCCGACUCGUCUACACCCCGGCCGACGGCGUCAUCCGCGACAUCCAGGUCAACAUCGGCGUGCUGGCCCGGAACACAAACUCCAAGGCGGACGCCACCUUCUCCAACUUCGACAUCACCGUCGGCUUCCACGGCGCCGACCUCGCGCUGCUGAGGGCCAGGCAGUUCACCGUCGCGCGCGACAGGUCCGUGCCGCUGCCGUACGACGUUGUGUCCGGCGGGGCGAGGCUGAACGCCGCCGGGAUGCAGGCCAUGGAGGGGGCGAUCAGGGCCGGGGUGCUGCCGCUCGACGUCUUCGGAAAGGCCCGCACGAGGUGGAAGAUGGGGAUCUUCCUCCGGGUGCAGUUCUGGACGCGCAUCUCCUGCCGUCUCUACUUCAACUACCCCGGCAAUGGCACCGCCUGGCCCAUCGACCGCCACACCUGCCGCUCCAGGUCGCCGUAGCAGGCAGGCAGCCAUCGCUCUGCCUCUCCUCUGCUUUCCUCACCAACUAUAAUACUCUGCAGUUCAUUAUUCCGUUCGUUCUUUCGGUUAGUCGUAUGAACAGGAACACAAUUCUUGUACAGGCAAAGAAUGCUGGUAGUAUAUACAUAGCCGCAGCUGCAAGACCUCGAUUACUUUGAAAACAUUUACUAAUUCUUUUUUUUUUUCGGAUCCCAUGUUACAAAACGUAAAUGGUGUAUAUGGAAUAGUUCAACAUCGGCAUGUAAUUUGGUCAAAUGUUCAGUGAUCCUGUGAGAGUGCUCUAAUCUGAAAGGAUGGCCAGAACAUGUCGA